CGCCUUUAGUGAAUAAGAUCAAUCAAUUGAGUUGGUCCGUAGUAGCUUCUCAGUUUCUUUCUAAUGACAACAUCCGCUCUUACUCCUUUCGUACAAGGAGACAUUUAUCUGGAAGGCGACGAAAUCGUGAAGCCAAACGAAAGUUUUGCUAAAUUUCCUCAGCACUUGGUAAAGCUCGUGUAACUUGCCAUACCAGCGUUUUCUCAUCUUACUCUAACGGAUCUGACACUGGAGAAGGCAAAACACAGGAGUCAGUCAUAUAAAUGAGUUCCGCUUCUGUAGCAAAAACUGUGGCAAAGAAAUUGAAGUACUACUUAGAUGUACAAAGAAGAGAAGAUGGUUUUGAUUUAUCAGGCCCAUUUCAUCCCAGAGAAGAUCCUAUUCCUUUGAGAGCUGGUCCAACAUUAGACUAUGAUGGGAUACAUGACAGAAGCUUAAAACACUAUUUUCACAAUAAUAGCAUAAAAAGGCAGUUACAAAACAUGCACACAGCCAAAGACCAGGGGAGCCGCGAAAGUUCAAUGCGUGGCUUUGUGGACGAAAAUAUGGCAUCUGUGGAUUAUAGACUCAAGCCUGGGCCCAUCUCCCCUUAUGCUUUGCCACAGACUGUAAAGCCGCGACCCCCUGCUCAUCGGCCAAAGGCUUUGUUGUCUGUUGAGGAGUAUAUGAAAACAAAGAGGGGUGCAAAAAGAAGAAAAAUCCCUGCUAACGUGGUUGGAAAACCAAGAAGAAUGAUGAGACGUUCUCCUCCUCAGCAUGUUAGUCGAGAUGAAAGAGAGAGACUUGUUAACAUGGCAACUAAACUGAUUGUUGCUACGGAAACAGUUGCUUUACCUGCAACUAAGAAACAAAGCAAAGGGUUCCAGGCUUCUGAACAGGAGAUUCCAAGACUUCAAAGAGAAAAACAACGCCAUUCAGCUGCAGAGUCUCUAUCAUCAGAUUCCGAGGCCUCCCAGAGAGUUUCAAGACGUCCUGCUCCUCCAAGGGCCAAACCAAGAUCAGCACCUUCCAGAAGACCCGAGUCCACCUUUUUCAAGUCAUCUCCACCAGAAAGAGAUGGAAAGAAACACACCAGGAGUGGUGUUCAUGUUGUACUGCCUGGAGGAUCACAGAGCGAUGACGACGAACGACUAAAAUCCCUGGUUGGUCGGAUGAAUUUGGACGGGCGUGGUAGCAGUGUAAUGGCGUCACACCACAAGUCUAAAGACUCAAGACCAAAAAGUGCUGGUCUGCCGCUAAAGUCACAAGCUGUUGGCCCUGAUGAAGAUAGUUAUGAUGAUGAAGAAUUUGAAAGUGUAGGAUCUCCAAGGUUAUCCUCAACUCACGCAACCCCAAGGCUAUCAUGGAUGGAAACUGAACAUGACAUGAUUGACAUGUCAACGCAAACAGUUGUCCACUCGGGUACACAAACCAUGAAACAAGAUGACGAAAAUGUUAUGCAGGUCGAGCGACAAAUCAUCCUACCACCCAGGCCCUCACCUAUGAAAGGAAACAGUGUGGAAGAAGUCAAAGAAGUGGGUGUGUCAACAGUAACAGCAACACAAGGAGCCAGCACUGCAGACAUACCAACAUCAAUGCCUCUUUCUGCAGAAACACAGACUAGAAACAGAGAUCUGGAACCUAAAGUUCUCACAUAUGAAGUAUAUGUCCUAACUGGUGAUAAGCUGGGUGCCGGUACAAAGGCUGUUGUGAAGUUAACAGUGUUCGGAGAAUACGGCAACUCAGGUGAAAGGCAACUACUUCGCUCCAGAACACACAGGACCAAGUUCCAGAGAGGACAGGUGGAUAUCUUUGUCAUAGACUCAGUUUUUCUUGGAAAAUUGUCUAGUAUUAGAAUUGGUCACAGUGAGACCAAACUAGGUUAUGGUUGGUUCUUGGACAAGGUGUUUGUCAAGGAAGGCCCUGAGGCAACACGAGCAUUCGAGUUUAAUUGUAACAGAUGGUUAUCAUCACGUGACGAUGACGGGCAGAUUGUUCGAGAUCUUCCAGUGUCAGACGUUUUACCAGCGUCUCACCUUGUAGCUGUUUUACCAAGAAUCGACGAAAGACAGGAAGAUGACUUUUUCCGCAGCGCCAGCGAGAGCGACAGCUUCUCCAGCGGAGAGGAAGACGGAGUUCCUGCGCCUGAUUUAAGAGAAGUGAAAAAGAAAUCCAACAAUAAAACUGACUCGCAAAGAGAGAAACCUCCAAUAAGUUAUAAGCGUCCUGCCAAACCACCUGAGCCUGUGGCACAAGCUGAGACUCAAGAAGAGCAUUUUGUGGCGGUGAAGGCUGAGAAUUUGUUUGACAUCAGCGAAGGAGAGGAAGAAGGACAAGAUGGAGAUAACGGAAGGUUUUUCCAACCCGAAGACAACAACGACGAGUCAGAAGAUGAAGAUACGAAAACGAACUCUAAAAAACUCGCCAAAAAGCGAAGAGACAAUAAUGAUGAAAAUGCUAGCGAAAGUGAGGAAGAAAUGGACGAGAAAGAGAAGAGUAAAAUAACAAAAACUAAGGCUGUGACCACGGCUGUGUCAACAUUCCUCAAUCACAAGGAACCUGGGAAGGAGUCAAAGGAAGAGACCAGCCCUGAGGAGGCCCAGCCUACAGAAGAGGAAGAUCAAAGGAUAGGAACUGACCAAACGAAAGAAGAAGAGCAAGAUGAUGAUGAUGAUGAUGAUGAUGAAAGUGAGGAGGAGGAGAAUAACAAGAAAGACAAAGAGGAAGAGGAAGAGGAAGAGGAGGAACCUAGAGUCGAGUUUACUGGUGCUGCAAAACCCGAGCAUGAACGCGAGCGCCCUGUUUCUGCCCAAAGUGAUGACUUUGUUGAAGGCUUCAGAGCUGGUGUCCGAGCAAAACAAGAGAAAGAAAGGGAACUGCACAGGGAGUCCAUCAGUGAGAGUGAAAAUAUCUUGAGGAGAGGUUCUUCAAUUCACGAAGCCGCCAAAAAUGGAGACCUGGAGCGAGUGAAGGAAUUGAUACGAGUGGUGCCCGCGAUGAAGAACACGACAGACGAACGCGGUAUGAACCCACUGCAUGUAGCAGCCGCCAAUGGUCGAUUGGACUGCGUUAAAUGGCUAGCAGUCAGUGGUGUAGAUUUAGCAGAGGAAACUCCAACUGGCUAUACCGCCAUGCAUUUGGCAGCUAUGAAUGGUCACGUGAACUGCAUGAUGAUUCUUUCAGCAAUGGGCAGCACACUAAGCGGCCGAACAGUGGAUGAGCUCACUCCUCUUCAUCUUGCUUGCAUGAGUGGAUAUACAGAGUGUGUCAAGUGGCUUAUUGCGAACAGAGCCAAGGUAGAUGUGCUAGACAACAACGGACGAACCCCUCUCGAUAUUGCCGAGGAAUACGGGCAUGAAGAGUUGGUUAAACUCUUGAAAAAAUUUAAUAAAGAACUCACAAGACAGGACAGUACUCUUUCUCAAUUAAUGACCAGCGAGCACAAGAGAAGGAAAAGUGUUGACUCUGUGGGGAGCGACCAAGAUGGCGUACCGUCCAAAGUGUCAGACAGCGGGGUGGGAGGGCUGGAGAGUGGAGAGGACAGCUGGAUCAGCGAUACUGAGGAGGACUUAGUAGUAGAACACAUGAAGGAUUCCCGUCUUGACUCAGCUUCUAGACAGCGGCCGGGGUCUGGAACUGAGCGUCCAACGUCAGCGUCACGGGCCAGGACAGACUCUAUGACCACAAUAGAAGACAAAAAGAUAAACUUUGAAAAGCAAAGGUCGAAAAUGCAGAAAAGAAACUCCAGCUUCUUGGACAGCAUCAGGAUGGAAGUAGAAAACGAAGAGGAAUUUUAAAACAUGGUUGCGGUCCAAACACGUUGUUUUCAAAUAUCAGAGCCGGCCGCUACUGCCCGACUGUUAGCGGUGAGGGAGAGACGAAUAUCCAAGAAAUCGAACUAUCUUCUUCCUUGGAGGAGUAUGACCUUCGAAAGAACACUGACAAAGAAGGCGAUCAAGAGACACUAUCACUACUUGUGACUUCAAUACAAGUUAUCCAACAUGAAAGGAAUACAAUCUAUACAGUAGGAACUCACAUUAAGCUAUUUAGGUUGAUGAGAAAUCGAGUUGUAACAUCUGAUCAGACUACAUGUACUCACCAAUAUAAUGCAGAUACAACACUUUAUAGCUAAUACACGUCAGGUGAACUGAAUGAUUCUAGUAGUUAAGAAGGGUCUUAGAGCACUAAGUCAAGUACAUUCUCGAAUAUUUGUAGCUGGUCCAGACUUGUAACUAGUGGUGCGAUUGUGUGGGAGGUGAUCAUUUGUAUGGGACGUAAUUUACACGAUAGAGGAACGUUGAACUAUUAAAAUUACAGGGCCGUUUCUGGCUCGUAGGGUCCUGACCAAAUCACUCAACGAAUGUAGCGAGACCGAAUAAUGCAAGUACAACUUAAGGCCAAACGCUGGGCAUUUUAAUCAGAGUAGUAAAAAGUGUUUUGUCCAGCUUAAACUAUGACACAAGGAUGGAAUGUUUUAAAGCAAAACUCUCCUGGUCCAUGUUUUACAUAUUCUACUGCUACUGGUAAUGGAUCACAAAAAUGGCUGAUCACGUGAAGCCUGUGCAUUGUCUCUUCAAAUACAACCUUCCUGCUAAGCUUUGUAUUUCCCAACAUGCCCCAACAAGAUCUGAACCUGUAGUCUUGGACAAAACAGGGCGACGCCGAGCAACAAUAUCGGACUUCUCCGCCUCCCUCCUGCUAUCUUUGUUUCGUUGUUUUCUAGACUGGCGGGUGAGGGACGGAAUUCAUUAAAACCGUGCCAUGUUAUAAAUGAAUCUUAUUGUUUACAGCGUCGCUCCUGUUUUUUACAAGGUUGCAGGUGACUAGAAGAAGAAUGUGUAAUUAGAUUUGUAAUGCAGUAUGCCAUUUUACAACGCACAGCCACUUGUGUUGCAUGCCGAAAGGGAAGAGUAGAUAGCAAUCGGGUAGAUCUAACAUUUACAAACUGUUAUACAAUGUUGUAGUUUAGGCUAGGUAGAGUAUCCCUGUAUCUCAGGUUCUGUGAGAUUUAGCUUCAAGUCUGCUUUUUUCCUAAACAUUGUCGAACAAAUGCAGCAAACCUUGUCGGGUUUGUUGUAACUGAAUUUUUCGAAUUCAGUAUUUACCAUAAAGGAAUUAACUUUUAUUGCUGCAAGUCAUGCAUUUGUGGGGUAACUAUUUAUGAAGCGACAAACAAAUACUGAUGUUAUCUUUCUUGGAAGUAAAUACCGCGUAUUAUUUAACAUAGAGCCUUACCUACGGUUUAUUUGUCUAGUCAUGUAUUGAUGAGGAGACUAAAACAGGAGAACGCAUUUGAGGGUAAAUAAGACGUUUCAGAUUUUGUACGAUACAUUUUUAAAUAAAGCAUAAUAUAAUACGAAAAAAAAAAAAACGAAUGAGUGAUUUGCCCUCUUCAGCAAAGAUAAUUUCUUGACAGAACUCUAUCCAAAAAUAACCACCCCAUUUCUCAAAUGCAAGCCCGUUCUCAUUAAAACCUCCAAACUCCAUUCUCCCUACAAAGGUACCAUGGAUACAUAAACACCACCCCAGUUCCCAUCGAAGGUUCACCGUACUAGGUAAUCAGCAAUCUCCACCCCGCCAUAUAGUUCUCACGGGCAUAACCUGCAAUCAACCUCUUUUGAGUUUGCAUUUGUUCGCGUGCCAAUUGUCACAACUUGCGAUAUAAAAACAUCUAACAAACAGAACAAGACACAAACUUGGAUCGUCUUGAAGUCGUGUUUAGACGAUGCAAUUUUUCUUGUACAAACUGGCAAUGAAACGUUUGCUGCGUUGCAAGUCGCAGGAAAAAUUCCCUCUUGUAACUGAGCCUCAAAUCGUUUUGUGUAUGUAAGGCCGAUAAAAGGUAGUCUCAAUAAAUGAUGCAAGGCCUCCUCCCCCUCGCAAAAAAAGGUGCGACCACGCCCUUUUUAUCUGAACUGAGGCCGGGUCAAACUCCGUACUUCACA